CAGCCAGUCGGCGUUGACUCUCCUGAGCAGGAAGAUCACCUCCCCAGCCCGCAGGCUCAACUCCAGUUUCCCGGUCGCGCUGAAGUCGAACAUCGCCUGGGAAACGCACACACACACGCGCGCGCCCACACAGUCACCUGCUCUCCUCGCCCGGCGGAUACCUCACCACUGCACAGCUGCCGAGAUGGCAAUGAAAGACAUUCUCAAUGCUGAUGAGAUCAAGAAGGCCCUUGAUGCUUUCAAAGCUGCAGAGUCCUUCAACCAUAUGAAGUUUUUUGAGAUGAUUGGUCUUAAAGCGAAGUCAGCUGAAGAUGUGAAGAAGGUUUUCAAAGUUCUCGACGUGGACAACAGCGGCUUCAUUGAGGAGGAGGAACUCAAAUUCGUCCUGAAAGGUUUCGCCUCCGACGGCAGGGACCUCACAGACAAAGAGACCAAAGCGUUCCUGGAGGCAGCAGACAGGGAUGGAGACGGGAAAAUCGGGGUCGACGAAUUUGAAGCCCUGGUCCAUGAAUAAGUGGACAUGCCCAUGACUUGCUCCUGGUCUGCUGUCUCCUCCUCCCUGCACCCCCGUCUUUGACUACUGCACUCCUCAACCCCCCCCCCCCCCCACACACACACAUACACACACACACACACACUCCCCUCCCACCAAAGCCAUGCUCCCUCUACCCAAGCACAAUAGACUAGAGGUAGGAUCUCACUAGAGGGAGGGGGGCCAGAGGGGGCACCCACCAUGGUAGUACACCACACCAACACACUAUUUAUUUUCCUUUUUUAUACCAAUACCAUGUACAUGUUUUCAGUUUAUUCUGAAAUAAAUUUGUUUCAUAUUAAAGAACAUUGUAGAUAUGUAAACAGCACGUCCAUCACCUCUAUUUAUUUAACAUUUUGUAUCUUUGUCAUUUACACAUGGUUUACCCCUCCAUCCCCCCGGUCCUGUUCCCUCCCUCCCUCCUCUUGAAGUGAGUAAUGAAAUAUUCCAAAUGAGGAACAAGGUCAAGCUGUGAAAAGAAAAAGCAACAUAAUGAAGAAAUAAAAAACGCCUUGAGUA